UCCCACUAGCAGCACGCACCCCAAAUCAACACUUCGUAUCGGUUGAGUCAUGGACCCCUUUAAAGUGCCCAAAAAGAUGAACCGCAAUGUUCUGAAGGCGGUCAGCACCCUCCAAUCGUCGCGCACCGACUUCGUGCGACUUGAUGAUAUAACGCAGCAGGUGAGGAUCCAGACUAAGAAGUGCCUUCCAGUGGAGAACCUAGAACAGGUGGUGAAGGAGUCGCUGGGCAACCUAACGAAGCUGGGGAUCCUCAGGCGGAGGGGGUCGGAGAAGUACGGGCUCAGCUGCAUGGUCUUUGGGCGCGUGGGGAGGGCUCCGCCUGGUCCGACCACGAAUACGACUGAUGCGGCUAAACCUCGUGCACCAUUGCGCCGUGCUAGGCAGAGUGCUCGCGGAAAGCGAAGUCCCGGACACCUGGAUCCGAGUCAGCCGGACACCAAUAUGUUGAUUGAGACUCCGAUUCCUGGAAAGGAGAUGCCUAAGCCGCGUAAGCGCAUUCAAAAGAAGACGAAAGUCGCCACUCCGCAUCAAGGUCUCGACCAGCCCGAAAGGGUUGAAAGUAUGGAACUGGAUGUGCCGGCGGAAGUUCAGAAUGAGAUCACCGAUCCCCAGCCACUUUUCGGCACUCCAGGAUGGACCUAUCCGCGAGUUUUUCAGAACUUGCCAACACUUGUUAGGGAUGAUAAAGAGGACAAAAUGGACGCAAAUGAGGGUGAAGGAAAGGAAGGUUCAAUGAGUUGCUUGUUUCCUGUUCGCUCGAAUUUCGGGUCUGCCUUUGGAAGCGAGUGCGAUGUAGGAAAUCCUUCUCCAGUCCUGGAAGAAGGUCAAUGGCCAAUUGUUCGAGAAUCUCCAAUACAAGGCACUCAAGAGGCCCAAAACGCACUCUUCCUGUGCCCUUCCUCUUCGAGUUUGGAAGACAUAUACCGAAAUGAUAUAUCUGAGGAUGCAGAAGGAGAAGUCGAAAUUUCCCGUGCAAAGAUCGAUCUUACAAAUGCUGCGUCUGAAUAUGAUUUCUAUAAGUAACGAUGUAGUGAUCCGUUUCGCUUCAGUAAUAGUUCACCGAUUUAUUGAUUAAACUGUAAAGAAAUAAACUAUAUAAAAAUUCAAAA